CAAAGCUGCUGAAAAUGAGUUUACACUGAAGUUAGUUAGCUGGUACAACAUUAAUGAAAAAUUUUAACUGUGUUUAUCUACCUUUAUUCUGACCAAAAUGUCUUCCAACGAUAAUUCUGAAGGACAGUCUGCUGUGAAGGAGGAACUGAACAAAAAGAUCAAGGAGCAGAAGGUUGUAGUGGACGAGCUUUCCAAUUUGAAGAAAAGCAGAAAAGUUUACAUCCAGCAGAGGAACAGUAACAUAUUCUUCCUAGCAGACAGAAGUCAAACACUGAGUUCAUGCAAACGGGAUCUGGAUAACUUAAAGAAGGAACUGCAGGAUAUGUGAAGCUGAACUUAACCACAACAAUGUGCGGCAUCUUUUGUCUGUUGAGUCUGUCACCGUCUCUGUUUGAGUGGGACAAAACAGUUCAUGAACAUU